UGGCUUCGUGGUACAUGAGUUCUAAAUUCUACCAGCCUAACCCUCCAGAAGGCUCUAAAGUAGCCUGCCCUAACCCUCCGAAGCAGUCACACUUCAAUAAGUACAUCAAGACUUUAUUGGCUGAGUUCCCUGACUUCGAGGCACAAGAAGCUUCAAAGAGAACCUAAAUCAAAAAGAAGGAAUAAAAUUCCUUUCACAAACAAAGUUGUGCAGACAACUUUGAUAAGCCACAAGAAGGCUGCCAAAAGAAUGAUCAGUUCGGUUGAGAUUUUACCUAAGACAAAGAAACUGCCUAAAUCUUUUGGCAAACUACCUAAGCAUCAAAAGAGGCAUUUAUUCAGUCAUGAGAAAAUAAAAGCUGGUGACACAAAGAAGAAUAUCCUCUGUGUCUGGAAGAACCAUAAGUCCAAAGAUGGCAAUACUUGAGAGAUUUCACUCGUGGAAGCUAGUAAAAAUCGCCAGCCUCAACGAAAUCCCCAGCCUUAUCAGUCAUAUAAGAACAUUGUCAAAAGCAAGAAUAUGUACGCCCAGAACUUUUUUCAAAUGCUAUAUAAGAAUAUGGAGGGUAGCACAAAAGCUUUUGAGGAUACUAAAGCUACAGAUAUGAGCUCAAUUUUGACAUCUAAAGAACUAAAAAUACCUUGUUCGACCAAGUCUAACAAGUCUAAUUUUUACUUAGAGAAACCUUCAGUUAGGAGGCCUUUUACUGGCAAGAACUUGAAUAGAGAUCUUGAGGAUGUAAAGACUGAAGAAAUAUAUCAGAAAGAGAGAGUGACAAGUAGGAGAGAAGUAAGAAGAAGAGAGAAUUUGAGCAAAGAAGAUUUAUAUAGUCUUAGGGGUGAAAUAGUUGUAUCAAGGCUAAAGAGAGGACAAUCCCAAGAUGACUCCAAGACUUUUGUUCUAUUGAAUCAUGCACCACUAAAUACUUUCCCAACAAAAUUUUCUAACAACAAAAAGAAACAAAAAAUUCCAAAUGGGUUUAAAAAGAAUUCCUUUAAAACUAAUUCUCGAAAUGGAGUGCACAACAAGACCAAAGUUUGAAGGUUAAAAUUUGGUAAAAAGUCUAUUAAAAGAUUAAACCCAAAGCAAAGAAACAGCAUCAAGAGAAGGAUAAACCGUCUCAAGAAUGGUAGUAUGACCAGAACUCAUUCCAGAGCUAAAAAGCCAAAUAAGAAAUUAGAGAACAAAUUUAAUCAUAAGGGGGUUUAUGGGCAGAAUAGCUAUGAAAAAUUGCCUCUGGACAGUUCUAUUGGCUCAACUAGUCAUAGCAAUAUCCAGGUGAAGGAUAGGAUCAGUGCUCAGAUUAGCAUCGAAAAACUUAAAUAGCGAAUUAAUUAAUAAAGAAUCUCCGAAAUCUAGGACAAAAAGUCCCACAGCCACCUUGAAACAACACAAAUUGUAUCAGAACUUACACAAGGAUUUAGAAAAGCUAUCUGGAAAACCUAAAGAAGCUUACAACAGAAGAACAACUAAAGGAGAAGAGAAAUGGAUGAACAAAAGGCUAACAGAAAUGAACUCACAAAGACUCAAUAUUCAAUCCAGUGCUGAUGAUAUUCACAGUAGGAAAAUCUACUGUAGCAGUAGGCAGAGUCAAGCCAAGAGUAUUUUACAGCAGGUCUUAGGCUCCAAAAAGCACAAAUAUACGAAUUAA